AUGCUGUUCAUAACUACUUGUCGUUUCCUGCCAAAUGCCGAAGGAAAAUCCCCUGCAGAACUUAUGCGAGAUAGACCAAUUCGUACAGUCUGGACACAGCUUCUAGAAUCUUCUAAAGAAUUGCAACAACAGUCUUCAACUUCAGCAAAAUAUCAAAUCAAUGACACCGUUUAUGUAAAAAAUUUGGGUAAGGGAAUGAAAUGGAUACCUGGCAUUAUUCAAACCAGAAUUGGGAAAGUAGUUUUUAUGGCAAGCACAGAAAAAGGAAUUUGUAAGCGGCAUAUCAACCAGAAAAAACCUCGUAGUUUUCCAGUCACCGAUCCAGGCCAACUUAGCGCCAAUGACGAAGUAUCACAACCGCCAACUUCAAUUCUGCCAUCUUCGACCUCACAACCACCAACAUUUAAAGCAGCCUCUCCAGAAAUGAUUUCGUCUCAUCAAGAAGCAGAUCGUAAUCAACAAAAUCUUCAAAUUCGUAGAACAGCAAUGAAUCGUAGAGAAGUUUUACGCUACCAGCCAUAUAAUUUUCGAAAACAUUAA